AUGGCCCCGGGAAAUUCCUCGCACCGCCACCUCCAUUAUCCCCCGCAUCUGCAACCCUCGGUUCUCCCGUACUCGCGCUGCCGGCACCUGCUGGCCCCCCAUCCCUGCCCCCUCCAUCAGACGCUGGGUGCACUGGCCUCUGUCCUGUCUAUCUGGGUGGUGACUGCAGCCCUCGUCUAUCUGGCGGCCGCCCGCAUCAUCAGCAACGACUACGAGAUCGAGGCGCGAGCCAUGCUGGCUACAUCGGCCUGCGCGGUCGGCGUCAAUCUCGUCAUGGCCUACAUCCUGCACCAGUCCCCUGCUGGCCAUGGCCAUGGCACAGGGGCCUACGAGAUGCUGGAGAGCUCUGUGGCCUGCCAGCCCAGCCGCAGGCCCCUGCCCGGCAGCACCAGUGUGCGGGCAGCCUUCGUCCACGUGGUGGGUGAUCUGCUGCAGAGCAUCAGUGUCCUCGUGGCUGCCACCAUCAUCUACUUCAAGCCCCAGUGCAAGAUUGCAGACCCCAUCAGCACCCUCUUCUUCUCGGUCUUCGUCCUCGGCUCCACCAUCACGAUCCUCAGAGACGUCUUCAGGGUCCUCAUGGAAGGGACGCCGCGGGGGCUGGAGUUUGAUGCGGUGAAGGAGGAGCUGCUGGGCACCAGCGGCGUGCGGGGCGUCCACGACCUGCACCUCUGGGCGCUGACGCUGAGCCACCCCGCCGUGUCGGUGCACGUGGCCGUGGAUGCCAGCGCUGAUGCCGAGAUGGUGCUGCAGGAGGUCACUGCCCGGCUCCAGAGCAGGUUUGGCUUUGCCUUGUGCACGGUACAGGUGGAGCAGCACCGGGAGGACGCAGUAGGUUGUCCCCACUGCCAAGACCCCCGAACCUGAGACCCCCACCUGCUGCUACAUUGGGCUAGACGUGGCCCGGGGCCCAGCUCCUUGUGCUAGAGCAGGGCAGCGCU